GAUUGCGGGUUGUUUCAGCCCAGAUAUGUUCAGGCUCUCCAAUACUGACCUGUCACUCUUCAGCAACUGUUGGUAAUGUUACCCUCCAUGUCUUAAAAUUCCUUUUAUCAGCCUCCGAUAACCUAUUGGGGUUUAGGAUUGGACACAGCACCAUGCGGAUUGAUUGGCUCUACCUGGACCAGUAUAAAGUUGGAUUGUAGCUUAUUUGCCCAAGAGGAAAUUUUGCUUGCAGGUGUUCAGCCCCAAAGCCCAGUGAUAUGCGCAGGAUGUAGCAUGCUGCUGGAUUUCAGACUUGAAUGUGGCUAUUGAGGACAAACAAAAGCGGCAGACAGGAGCAGUGCUGACUGGACAAAAAAGAGGAAAAGAGGGUGGUGAUGGGAAAUAUCAAUAAGACAUCUAGAAAAAACAGUACAAAGAGUAAGGGGUUGUCUCCUGUGGAACGAAGUGGGUCCCCACUGGCUCCCGCCAUGCUCGGGGGCUUGAGAGAUGCAGGUGAGAUGGACACAGAAGAAGACGAAGAAAGAGGGAGUGAACCGGAGUUCGAUGAGCCGCUCUGUGCUCUGGUUAAGAACUGCAACAUGUUGCACAACAUAGUGGGGCCUGCGUGUGUCUUCCUCAAACAGGGCUUCGCACAGAGCCAGCUCGAUCGAGACCUGCGGCCUGAAGAAAUGGAAGAGUUGCGUGAGGCAUUCAGAGAGUUUGACAAGGACAAGGAUGGCUUCAUCAGCUGUAAGGACCUUGGCGAAUGCAUGAGGACUAUGGGAUACAUGCCAACAGAAAUGGAACUGAUCGAGCUCAGUCAGCAGAUCUGUGGCGGCAGAGUAGACUUUGAAGACUUUGUGGAGUUGAUGGGUCCAAAAAUGCUGGCUGAGACAGCAGACAUGAUUGGGGUCAAAGAGCUUAGGGACGCCUUUAAAGAGUUUGACUCUGAUGGGGAUGGUCAGAUCAGUCUCGGGGAGCUGAGAGAAGCCAUGAAGAAGUUGAUGGGAGAGCAACUCAACCACCGUGAGAUUGAUGAGAUUCUGCGUGAUGUCGACCUCAACGGGGAUGGAGAAGUGGACUUUGAGGAGUUUGUGCGAAUGAUGUCUCGCUGACCAAACCGUCUUUGCUGCAAUGAAUGGGGACCGGACUACACACUGUUUCUUGUAAUUGUACUUCUUGUUAUAUAAUAAUGUUUGUGUCCAUCCUUUCAUUCUGUAACAACUGUACGAGAACCCUCUACAUGUGUUACUAUUGUGUGACGUAAUGUGACUGUUGAGACAGGUCAAUGGAUGAUGUGAAAUAGAAACGCGGUUGAACAAGAAGAGGUAUGACAAUCGCUCAAACCCUCAGCCUUGGGUCAAGUAUUCAAAGUAGAAUGCAAUCGAAUGAACUGAUUUUGUUCAAAACACAAGAAAAGCAAAAUAUAUUUUCAUAAAACGAACAUGCUGCUUACAAACAUCUUUCUCAUGAUUAUUAUUCUUAUUGUUUUUAAUAAGAAUAAUAAUCCUUUGUUGACACAACACAAUCUGGAUUUUGACACAAAGUAAAUGUGGUAAUGAGUGUUUCCAAUCCAAUACUUUACUGAACCCCAGUUAAAAUAAAAGUGCAUUGCACUGCCUGAUUUUCUUUUUAGGUUGACAAUCGUAUAAAAUAUUUAUGAAAUGUAUAAUUUAAUCUACUACGAAGGGUCCUGAGAUAAAAUGUCUUCACGGUAGAAAGUAAAGCAAACCAAAAACAUCUAAAUUCUAAAAUAGAUCACUAUUAUUUACUGUGACAAUUGGUUUCACUCAACAUUUUACUUUAAAUGAAAACAGUUUCUUAUUAGGGGGAUGAUCUAAUUGUUGAAAAAAAGUUACAAAUUAAAAAAUUAAAUAAAAUAAAAGCUCAUUAUGACAAAUGACUGCUUGUAUGAUCCUACGAUCCAUUUAGCAGAAUUUAAUGAUUUUUAGUGACACUGUCAGAUGGCAUUGUCUCAAGUAAUAAUUUUUUUAAGUGUUUCAAGAAACGAAUGCUCUAUUUUUUACAGUGUUUAAUACCUUAGUAAUAUAUGCAUUUUCAAAUGUGAAUACAAAUAAAACACUUUGUCCAAC